AUGAUCAAAAAUUGUUUAAUUAGUAGAAAUAAUGUUAUUGGUAGUUUUAUAAGAUCUUCAACUGUUAGUGUUAGUAUUAAGAGAUAUUGCACUAAUAGUUCUACUACCAACCAAGAUCAAACAUUGAACAGUAUCUAUAGCAGAAUCAUUGGUGCCAACAAUCAUAAUAAACUAAUCAUUAAGGAUAGUGGUGAUUCAUUAAGAGGUAGAGGUUUAUUUACUAAACUAGAUGUUCAAUCAGGUCAAGUCAUCUAUACUGAGAAACCUUUUGUUUCUUAUCAAUCAUUAGAAAUUGACAAUAAAACUAUUUGUAAUCAUUGUUUGAAAUCGUUGGAUAAAGAUAAAAUUGAAAAAUCAAAACAAAAGAAAGAUGAUGAUUUCGAUGAUCUAUUCUCUAAAUGUGUAAAGUGUUCAACUAGAUAUUGCUCGGAGCAAUGUAAGAGUGAAUCGGAUAUUCAAUAUCAUCUUGCAAGCUGUCCGAGUACAUCGGGGUUCUCAGAGAUCUUAAAGUAUACAGCAGUAGAGAAGCGAAGAUUUCCAAUAUUGGCUGCAAAGAUACUCGCUAGAAUUCUACUUGGUUAUCACUUUCAAAAGAAUAUGGAGCAUUGGGAGAAUCUACAAGUUUUAUCAUUUGCAAAAAGAGAUCCACCAUUAGAAUGGAAAGAUGAUUAUAACCUAUUUCAAAGAGCAUUAUUAACAAAAGAAUCAAAUAAGAAAAGAUUUAAUUAUGAUUGGUUCGUUAGAGUUAUGCAGAUACUAUAUAUAAAUACAUUGGGAAUAGAAGUUGGUGCGACAGAACCGAAAGCGGCAUCUACUUCAUCGGGUAUUGGACUGUUCUAUUUGACUUCGUUUAUCAAUCAUAGUUGUGAUCCUAAUUGUUAUUUGGCAUUCCCAACCGAUCAUACUGCACACCUCACAGCAUUGAAACCACUGAAAGCAGGUGAUGAGCUACUCAUAGCCUAUGGUGAUCCCAACAAAGAUUACAUCGAUCGACAAUCACAUCUCUUUGAUAACUAUGGAUUCAGUUGUAACUGCUCUAAAUGUCAAUCCGAUUUGCCAAAGAAGAAGAAGAAUAACAACAACAACAACAAGAAAGCAGAGUAG